GAAAGUAAACUUCCUUUUCACAAACAUGGCUAAUUCUUACUCUUUCUUUUCCAGAUGGUGACAAAAAAUAAUCCAGAUGGGGUGCAGGUGUUGUAAGAUGAUACAAAGCUAUCUCUUUGAUCCAGUUCAAGUGCCCUCCCCUGGUUUUGUCAAUGAAGUAAACAACUGCAAGUUGGAGGAGGAUGACACUGUCAGACUAAAAGGCACCCAGAACAGUGAGGUCGAGGUACCUGGGAGCACCCUGCAUAGUGGUAGCCUGAGCAAACCAGACAGCAGUGGCAGUACAACUGGUCUACCUUGCCAAGGAUCGCUAACCCAGGAGGACUCAGAAGAGAGACCCUGUGUGGAGAAGCAUGGUAUUGUCAACGGCAUCAGACCCACUGCUACUCUGCAGUCUGUCAGGAGUCCCAGACCCCAACAGGUUGACAGUGUCUCCUGGGCCAGCAGCCCCUGGGUAGCCACCAUAGACAGUGCCCACCCGGCUCAACCCUUCCUUGAAGGAGAGGACUACAGGAAGCAAAGCUGCAUGCUGCCCACCUUGGAAGGGACCCAGAUGGUGGGACAUGGAGACUCCAGAGCCCCUGCUGAAGCCUUGGCAGUGGCAGAUCACAUCCCAUACAUACCAGCCCCAGAUUACCCCCAGGUCUGGAGCCCUGAGGUAGACAAUGUAAACCCUGAAGAAAAGGAUUGUCUUUUUGAAAACCACUCUGAAGUGGAGCCUCUGCCAGGCAUUCACCCCAGGGUGAGCCAGCAGGGUUUGAGCAUGCCCUUCUCUCUGAAGAGAAGCUGGGACUCACUGAAUGAGGCAGGGACAACAGAAGUUCUGAGUGUCUACUUUAAAGAGGAGGAUCCCACUCAGCCUACACCAGUGGCUGAUCCUGGGAAUGAGCGGGAAGACCCCCACACCUACAACGGGAACAAGGAGGGUGCUGUGGUGGAUGAGGACGCUGAGGUGGCAGAAGCCCUGGCAGCAUUAGAAGCUGCUACUGCAGGAGAAGAUGCAGAUGAUGCCGAUUAGGAGAGGGCGAGAUGAGGCAAGUGAGCUGCAGUCACAGGGAGCAGAUAGAGAGAAGCAUGUGCCCACUCUGCCAGCAUGCCCCCAGCAGCCUUACCAGCUAUACCACUCGUUUACACCUAUUAUCUCCUCAUUGCCAGUACCUGUGCCAUGCUGCUUGUUGUACCCAGAAUGCAUUCAGAAUGCUAGCAUCAAAAUAGGAGCGGGCCUUCAUGUCCAUGACCACAAGUGCAGAAGUUAAGUGGCUUGCAUGCUGGCCUCAGAAGCUCCCCAAGAGGGAGCAUCUGUGCAGAUGUGCAUGAGAAUGCCCUGACAUCCCCAUACCUGAUCCCAGGGGCACACAAACAUGGGCCAUUCUGUUCGAAUGUAUUUCUUUACCUUAUUUUUGAGAGCCAAAUACUUCACCCAACCUAGAAAGGUAACUAUUGACUUAAAGUGCCUACUGUGUGCUAGAGCUUAACUUCAGGGACAGUCACCCAGGGAACCAUUAGCUAACCACUUGUUGAACAUCAGGUUAAACUCAGUGCCCUUCAGGGUAGAGCAGAUUUGACCAGUGAACAAAUGGUUAGUCCUCAGCUGUGCUAUGAGAACACCUUGACCUUAACUUUUUUUACACUAUUACUUUUUAAUCUCCUUUGGGAUAUGGGAGGCUAGCCAAAAUACUCAAAACUAGCAUCAUGCUUUAGGUUCAAGUUCAUGAGUGUUUUGGAACAGCAUAGCCAUUCAUGGAGGGAUUUGUGUCAUUAAAUGUCUGGUUCUCAUUAAAGCAUCACAGCAUAUGUG